AUGAACAUAUUGCUAAAUGAGACUGUCAAGGCAUUGAUCGCUUCCAACUGUAAUCAGCUAUGCCUAAUUCGGAAAAGUGAGCAUAUCAUUAAUCAGCACUCACGCCAUGGACACGAAUUGAUAACUGACGUUCGGAAUGGUCAUAUAAAACGGAUUAACGAUGAGGAUAUACAGUCACUAAUAAUCGAAAUAUUGGGCACAAAUGUGAGCACUACAUACAUUUCAUGUCCAUUAGACCCUAAGAAGACACUUGGAAUCAAACUGCCAUAUUUGGUGAUGAUUGUUAAAAACAUGAAAAAAUAUUUCACAUUUGAAGUACAGAUACUCGAUGAUAAAGGUGUUAAGAGACGUUUUCGGGCAUCUAAUUUCCAGUCUAAUACUCGAGUCAAGCCAUUCAUUUGUACAAUGCCCAUGCGAUUGGACGAAGGAUGGAACCAGAUUCAGUUCAAUUUGGCUGAUUUUACCAAACGUGCAUAUGGUACCGCUUUUGUCGAAACUCUUCGCAUACAGAUCCACGCGAAUUGUCGGAUUCGACGAAUUUACUUUGCCGACCGAUUGUACUCUGAAGAUGAGCUUCCUGCUGAAUUCAAACUAUAUCUACCGAUCAAAAGUGGCACCCAAGGAGCUGGCUCUUCACCAACAAGUGAUGAAGAGCCCGCUGUUGCAACGGCAAGUCAGAGAGGUGUACUACAGCGUUUUUAUAACUAUGACAGAAGACAAGAAGCGCAAGUACAUGAACAAUAUCUAAGAAACGAUAUUGGUUGUGGACUGGAAUCAUGUAGAAGUUGUCAACCAACUGAAGGUCAUUUUCUCACCGAUUUGACUGUCCAGAUUUCGUCUGUGGUACCUAUCAAACACGCUGUCAUUCUUGAUUCUUCGGCGAUAAUCCGUUUCUAUCAUUUGUUCGAUAACCUGAAAUUCACGAAUCUCAUUAUUACGCAAACUGUUUGGGAAGAUGUUAAAAAAUCAAGCCCAACAUCUUAUAAGUCAAUGUAUACAUUGUGUUACGAAAGUCCGGACAGGAGAACUUACGUAUUCAUGGAUGAUCUUCAUUCAGAAACUCAUCUUAACCAUGUCACAGGUGAAAGCGAAGAAGAUAGGUUAACCAAAUCGUUGGUAAUGUGUGCAAAGUUUUAUGAAAAUCAUUGGAAACAGUUUUCUAUAAUUCCGAUAAUCAUAUGUGGUACUGUUGUGAGCAAGGAUCGGUUAAAAAAGGAAUUUGAAAACGUUUUCACUUUACAGGAGUAUAUUGAAGGUAUGAAAGAUAAUGCUGAUUUGCUCAAUAAACUGGCUGCUUACAGUGCAGAGAGUGAGGAUCGAACACGGAUUUUGUUUCCAGAGUAUUUGGCUCAUGACAUAAUACAAAAUGGGAUUCGAAGUGGAAAAUUUAAGAAAGCAACAUUUCAAGUGUCGCGCGAAAAUUACAUGGAAGCACAUGUUCAUAUUGAUGAGGGGAGCACGUGGUUUAUUCAGGGACGCAUUAAUAUGAAUCGUGCUGUGAACGGCGAUACCGUUGCUGUGGAACUGUUACCGGAAUCCGAGUGGACUUGCCCACAGAAAGUUAUUCGAUUACGAGAUGUGGAAGAAAUUGAAAUGAAAGAUGCGGUCGAUAAAGAAGAUGACAAAGAUGAGGAAGAAAUCGAGCCAAAAAGGCUGCGAAUGGAGGAAAAGAUUCCAUCUGCUAGAGUAGUUGGAAUUGUUAAACGAAAUUGGCGUCAGUAUUGUGGGAUGAUUCUGCAAUCUGCUGUGAAAGAUUCAACACGCGUAUUGUUUGCUGCGGCAGAACGACUUAUACCUCGUAUACGAAUUGAAACGCGUCAGACUGAACGUUUAAGAGGAAAGCGGAUUAUUGUUGCUAUUGAUAGUUGGCCUAGGGAUUCACGUUAUCCAAUUGGACAUUAUGUAAGAAGUAUUGGCGUAGCAGGCGAUCGAGAAACGGAGAAUGAAGUACUGUUGUUAGAGCACGACGUACCACAUGGACCAUUUUCGGAUGCAGUUUACGCAUGUUUACCUGAGAUUCCUUGGUGUGCACCUAACGAAAAUCAUCGAAAAGAUCUUCGUUCAUUGACAAUAUGUUCGGUUGAUCCUCCCGGUUGUACUGAUAUCGAUGAUGCUUUUCAUUCAUUAUUUCCGGUUGGUGUUCAUAUUGCGGAUGUUUCGCAUUUUGUUAGGCCGGGCACAGCAAUAGACGCAGAAGCAGCUCAUCGAGGAACGACUGUCUAUCUUUGUGACAAGCGUAUUGAUAUGUUGCCGGAGCUGCUUUCAAGUGAUUUAUGUUCGCUUCGCAAAAAUGUCGAUCGUCUUGCAUUUUCUGUGAUUUGGGUAUUGACCUCUGAUGCUGAUAUUAUUGAUAUCAAGUUUUAUAAAUCUCUUAUACGUUCUAGUGCUGCACUUACUUAUGAAGAAGCUCAAAAUAAGAUCGAUGAUCUUUCUCUGUCAGAUUCUGUCACUAUGGGAUUGCGAACAUUAUUGGCACUAUCAAAGAAGCUAAAGGCAAAACGUCAUGCUAACGGUGCUUUAGCCUUGGCCUCUUCUGAAAUUAGAUUUAACAUAGAUUCCGAAACUAAAGACCCUAUCAAUGUGGAGGAGAAAAAAGUGCUAGCAACGAACAGCAUGGUUGAAGAAUUUAUGUUGCUUGCAAAUAUCUCAGUUGCAGAACGCAUAACGGUGGAUUUUCCAGAUUGUGCUUUGCUUCGGCGACAUCCAAUUCCACCAGAAGAAAAUUAUAAGCCAGUGAUUGAUAUGGCAAAAGCAAAAGGCUUUAAAAUGAACGUUGAAAGUGGAAAAGCGCUUUCGGAAAGUUUGGAUAAAGCCAUGGAUCCGAGUAAUACAAUGUUGAAUACACUUUUCCGAAUGUUAACCACACGUUGUAUGACUCAAGCUGUGUAUUUUUGUUCAGGAUCGUUGCCAAUCGAGCAGUAUGUUCAUUUUGGACUUGCUGCUCCAAUUUAUACCCAUUUCACAUCACCAAUUCGAAGAUAUGCAGAUAUAAUGGUUCAUCGACUGCUUUCUGCUUCAAUUUGUGCUGAUUCUACUUUUCCCGAAAUGUUGAAAGGUGACUUGGUCACCAAAAUUGCCAACAACCUCAAUUAUAGACAUAAGCAAGCACAGUAUGCGGGUAGGGCAUCGGUUUUGCUGAAUACAUUGUUUUACUUCAAAGGUCGCACUGAAUUGCAUGAUGGUUUUGUGAUGGGAAUCCGGAAAAACGGCAUUCAGGUAUUUGUACCAGCUUAUGGCUUUGAAUCAAUCGUUGUUUUUCCGAGCGGAUCAAAUUAUCAAGUAACAGACGACUCGUUAGUAGCGGAAGGUGUAGAAAUACGAAAUUUCCAACGCGUCACAGUGAAGCUCUCGCUAGAUAAGACUGAUGUCCAACAUACUCGCCUGGACAUGAAGUUGAUUUCGCCGAAAAUUCCUGGAUUCAGCGUUGAUUAUAUCCUUUCCGCUCCGGAAGAGUGA